GGGAGCCGUGACAGGGAGUUGGGUGCAGCAGGGCUGUGCCAGCAGGGCAGGACUUUCAGGAUGGGGACAGAGGGACUGGUGUUCCCUGAGGUGCUGUGGCUUCUCCUGUGGGUGCAGAUGUGCAGGGGAGCUGCAGAGGUGAGGCUGGAGGGUGGCAGCUGGCGCUGUGCUGGAAGAGUGGAGGUGAAACAACAGGGCCAGUGGGGGACCGUGUGUGGUGGUUACUUCUGGGACAUGAAUGAUACUGCAGUGGUUUGUAAGCAGCUGGGCUGUGGAUCUGCUCUUCAAGCUCAUAAGGAAGCACAUUUUGGGUCAGGAUCUGGCCCCAUUUGGAUGGCUGGUGUAGAGUGUGAUGGCACCGAGUCUGCCCUGUCUGAGUGCACAAACACAGAAUGGAUUCGAGAGUACUGUGAUCACCGUUGGGAUGCUGGAGUGACGUGUUCAGGAUUUGUCCAGCUGGUUGGGGGUGACAGCCCCUGCUCAGGACGAGUGGAGAUCCGUGAUGGGGACCAGUGGAAAACCAUCUGUGACUCAGACUUUGGUCCCAAAGCUGCCACCAUGGUCUGUAGGGAGCUGCAGUGCGGCACAGCCCUGUCUGUCGCUGGGGCAGCUCACUUUGGAGAAGGGGAUGGUCCCAUCUGGGACAGAGAGCUGCAGUGUGUGGGGAAUGAAUCCUUUCUUGCUUCCUGCCCCAGGGGAUCCCCAAGGGACAAGUCCUGCUCCCACACAAAGGAUGCCGGUGUCACCUGCACACAGUUCACAGGGUUCAGGCUGGUGAACGGCAGCACGGCAUGUGAGGGGAGAGUGGAGGUCCAGGUGCUGGGGACCUGGGGCAAGCUCUGUGCCUCCCACUGGGAUCUCUUGGACGCCCACGUUCUCUGUCGUCACCUUGACUGCGGGUUUGCCGAGUCCAUUCCCAGGCCAGGUCAUUUUGGGAGAGCCACCCACCCCUUCUGGAGAGACUCAUUUCACUGUGACGGGACUGAAGGCCACCUGGGGCAGUGCCCAGUGACUGCUCUGGGGGCCUUGUGCUCCCAGGAGAACGAUGCUGCUGUCAUUUGCUCAGGCCCAGCUGACUCCGCGUCCCUGCGGCUGGUGGGUGGAGGGAGCCCGUGCGAUGGACGAGUGGAGAUCUUCCAGAAUGGGGCGUGGGGCAGAGUCCUGGAUGACCAGUGGGACGUGCAGGAGGCCAGCGUGGUGUGCCGGCAGCUGCGGUGCGGAGAGGCAGGGACAGCCUACAACCCCCCAAAGCCUGAGCGAGGGACGGGCCCCGUGGGGCUGCGAGGGGUCCGGUGCGCAGGGCACGAGGCCAACCUGGCCCUCUGCAACACCUCCCUGCCCGAGAGUGCACCGGCGGCAGGGGUUGCGGAGGACGUGGGGGUCGUUUGCUGGGGGAGCCGGCAGGUCCGGCUGGUGAACGGGUCCGGGCGCUGUGCUGGGAGAGUGGAGGUCUACCACCAGGGCAGCUGGGGAACCAUCUGCGAUGACGGCUGGGACCUGUUGGAUGCCACCGUCAUUUGCCAUCAGCUGGGCUGUGGAGGGGCAGUGGAGGUGGUUGGCUCCGCUCAGUUCGGGGAAGGCUCUGGUCAGAUCUGGCUGGAUGGUGUGAACUGCUCCGGGGCCGAAGAUUCUCUCUGGGACUGCCCAGCAGGGUCCUGGGGGCAGCACGACUGCGGGCACAAAGAGGACGCAGGAGUCAUCUGCUCAGAGUUCAUGGCCCUGAGGCUGGAGAACAGCAACAACUGCUCUGGGCGCCUGCAGGUUUUCUAUAACGGGACAUGGGGCAGCGUUUGCUCCAACUCCAUGACUCCCAAAACGGUGUUGCUGGCAUGCAAGGAGCUGGGCUGUGGGGAUGAAGGGUCCCUAGACACACAACGGCCCUCCGGCAGGACGUCUGGCCCCACCUGGCUAGAUCAUGUGCAGUGUGGGGAGAGAAACAGCUCCUUCUGGCAGUGUCCUUCGGGUCCCUGGGAUCCUCAGUCAUGCGAUGACCUGCAAGAUGAGACGCACAUCACCUGCAAUGAAACGCCCCCAUCCCUGGGGACUGCGUGCCCAGACUCCGCAAGCUGCACAGACAGGGAGAAGAUUCGUGCCGUGGGAGGUGAGGACGGGUGCUCGGGCAGAGUGGAGGUCUGGCACCGUGGCUCUUGGGGGACGGUGUGCGACGACUCCUGGGACAUGCGGGAUGCUGAGGUGGCGUGCAGGCAGCUGGGCUGUGGCCCCGCGGUGUCUGCCCUGCAUGAGGCUGCGUUUGGGAUGGGGACAGGCCCCAUCUGGCUGGAGCAGGUGGAGUGCCGUGGGACAGAGCCAUCUCUGCAGGACUGCUGGGCCCGGCCUGGGGACAGCGGUGCCUGCCGGCACAAGGAGGACGCUGCUGUGAACUGCUCAGCUGCACCCAGGACAGCAGCACCAAACCCCAGAGCAGAUCCCACGCGGGGCCGUCCAACCAGCAGUAGGAGGGUCUCAUUGCCCAUCAUCAUCUGCAUCGUCCUGGGGGCCCUUCUCUGCCUGCUCCUGGCCCUCCUGGCUGGGCAACUGCGAAGCGCCAGGGCUGGGCGCAGAGGCUCCAGGAGAGCUUGGGAGCCCUUCCCUGAGGCCGUGUAUGAGGAGAUCUGUUACAGCCCGGCGUGGGAGAAGCAGGCAAGGUUCAGUCACUCAGGCAUCCCUGUGCUGCCCGGAGGUGACCCACUGGAUGGCUAUGAUGAUGCCAGGGAGGUUUCUGACCCUGGGGAGGAUCCUGUGUCUGGGCAGGGAGACUGGGAGAUGCCCAGGGCACCAGAGGAGGGAGCAGGGCCCAGGGAUGCAGCUGGAGGGGCAAACCUGCGCUCCCAGAGAAGUGCUGGGGCCCCUGGAGCUGAGGGAGAUGCCUGGUCCCUGUCCCCAGAGAGCACAGGCUAUGAUGAUGCUGAAGAGGGGUCUCAGGCACAUCCCCCUGAGGACACAGCGGCUGUGACACCGGAGCUCAGUGCACAACAGUCCCUGAUCGCAGGGCCAGGAGAGCCCGUCCCUGCCGUGGGGAUGGGUGCAGCCAGGAGGAAGGAGAGGUCUGUGCAGCUGGGAGAGCCGUGA